GCAUCUUCCGCAUCCUGACGUGCUUCUCUCCGGGACCGGACUGCGGGAGCGACCGUGCCUCUGGCGCCUCAGUGCUUCCGUAAUCCGCUGCUGCGGCAGGAAGAAAGCUUUUCCUUGGCGUUGCGUGGAGCAGGGAGAGGAACUCGUGCAAUAUGAAAACGAUGACGGGAUCAAACGAAUUCAAACUAAAUCAAACUCCAGAUGAUGGUAUUUCAUCAGUAAAGUUUAGUCCAAAUACAUCUCAGUUUCUGCUUGUUUCAUCCUGGGACACAACUGUCCGGCUCUAUGAUGUUCCUGCCAACACCAUGAGACUCAAAUAUCAACAUUCAGGAGCUGUCCUUGACUGUGCUUUUUAUGAUCCUACCCAUGCCUGGAGUGGAGGAUUAGAUCAGCAGCUGAAAAUGCACGAUCUAAACACGGACCAAGAAAACCUUGUUGGUGCUCAUGAUGCUCCUAUCAGGUGUGUUGAGUAUUGCCCAGAAGUAAAUGUCAUGGUGACUGGAAGCUGGGAUCAAACAGUUAAGCUGUGGGAUCCCAGAACUCCUUGUAAUGCAGGAACCUUCUCUCAGCCUGAAAAGGUCUACACGCUUUCUGUGUCUGGAGAUAGACUGAUUGUGGGGACGGCAGGUCGGAGAGUGCUGGUGUGGGAUUUGCGGAACAUGGGUUAUGUUCAGCAGCGAAGAGAAUCAAGUCUGAAAUACCAGACCCGCUGUAUCAGAGCAUUUCCGAAUAAACAGGGUUAUGUUUUAAGCUCUAUUGAAGGUCGUGUUGCGGUGGAGUAUUUGGAUCCAAGUCCAGAAAUCCAGAAGAAGAAAUAUGCAUUCAAAUGUCACCGUUUGAAGGAAAAUAACAUUGAGCAGAUUUAUCCAGUUAAUGCUAUUUCUUUCCAUAAUGUCCACAACACGUUUGCUACAGGCGGUUCUGAUGGAUUUGUGAAUAUUUGGGAUCCAUUUAAUAAAAAGCGGCUGUGUCAGUUCCAUCGGUAUCCCACAAGCAUAGCAUCACUUGCCUUCAGCAACGAUGGAACUACCCUUGCAAUAGCUUCUUCAUAUAUGUAUGAAAUGGAUGACAUCGAACAUCCCGAAGAUGGUAUCUAUAUUCGCCAAGUGACAGAUGCAGAAACAAAACCUAAGUCUACUUAGACUUCUGGUGAUACUUCUUCUCUACAAGAGGUGCCCACCUGUUCCUAACAAGACUAAACUAAAACAAUAGAAGUGGGAAGAACAAUCUUUGUACUGGUGUUGUUUCUUACUAAGAAAUAUUUGUUUGUAUUUGUAGUAUGUCUUAAUCUGUCAUUACUUUUCUGCUUAUGUUAGUGAAAAUGUUUUCUUUAUCUGCUGUUUGUAGCUAAAUUAGUUCAGUCCUGUAGGCAACUUUGCGUAUACCUUUAUAAAAACUUACCACAUUUUGUAGUAUCCAAUUAUGAAAACUUCCAGUAGUAUCAUAAUUGUUCAAUAAAUAUCUGUAGUUUUUUGAAAAC